AUGGUGGUACAGACCUUAGUCACAUCCAGAUUCGAUUACUGUAAGACGCUCUACACGGGGCUGCCCCGGAAGAGCGUUCGGAAACUUCAACUGGACUGGCUAGAGUACAAUCCUGUUUUCCCACAUGUAGCUUUAUUGCAUUGUUUGCUACAGACACAAUUUCUCCAGCCCUCCUUUACCAUACUCCCAAUGCUUAAGCUGCUUAAAAUCUUUCAGUUAAACAGGUGAGGAAAAAAUGCAUUGACUAUGGCUGCUUUAGAGAACUUCACCUUGGCUCUGGAAGAUGCUUUUAAGAAGACCUUCAUCAAGUACAUGAACAAUUGGCGCAGAAACGACACAAUUGAAGAAGACAAGUUGCAAGCUAGACUUGACGUUGAAAACCUAGACUAUGUCAUUAUGUAUCUCAUGGUGAUGAUUGGCAUCUUCUCCUUCAUUGUUGUGGCCAUCCUAGUGAGCACCGUGAAAUCAAAGAGGCAAGAGCACUCCAACGAUCCAUAUCACCAAUACAUCGUUGACGACUGGGGUGAAAAGAUCAAAAUUCCCAUUCCACUUCAAGAUGACCUUAAAGCCACCAUCCAUGAAAAUACUGGGGCAAAAGACAAAGUUUAGCCCCAGAUCUACUUG